GACUCAACAGAUAAACAUUACGGCGCGUUAGCGUGCACGCGUCGUUAGUUCAAAGCGAGAGAGCCAUCGGCGACGAGAGUACGCGCGUCUGGAACAGCUUUCUUCAUUUUUCUUUUCUCUCCCGCGGAAGAGGAAACUGCGAAUUUCCGCCGACUCCAAAACGGGUGCAACGGACACGCAUGACGCGCCGAACUUAUCAACCGGUCCUUCGAUCAGAGGCGCAACUUCGGCCGCAGCUACGGCGCAGCUUCGGAGCAGUUUGAGAGCGUCACCGGGAGAUCGACACGCUCCGGCGUAUCACGCAAGACACUAUAACGAGAACUUUUGCCGAGCGAUAUUAUAAUCCCCUGCAACCCCCCUUCCCCCUGGAUUUUUUUUAACGUCGACCAACGCGCGAAUCGCCGCACGAGGGGACCAUGGAUCUCGUCUACAUACCGGAGGUGUUCACCUACGGGUACUCGAGGAAUCCGCAGUACCGCGACUACGAGCAGCCGUGGAACAGGGACUACUUCAAGUGCGGCAGUAGCAGCAGAAAAUCGGUGGAAAACCAACGAGCCGUGCAGCAACAAUCCAAAGAAAACUGCCAUUUGUGCAAAGAAAUGAAAAGGAGAAACCUGGCGGUUUACAUAAGAAGUAAAUCACGAAGCGAUUCCUGUCACGAAGGGAUCAACGAGGAAGAAGAGGAGAACGACGCAAUGUACAAUGAGAGAAAAGCCGGAGAUGCCGAGCGAAAUAAAUCGGCGAAAUCGUCACGCGGUGCAGAGAAAUCAUAGCUUUUCGGUAUUAUGCAUAAUGAUCACGACAAUAUUAAUUUUAAAAGCGUCACGAUAAGUCUAACGAUAAGCAGAUGUAAAUACGCGAAUUAGUUUUAACUAAGCGAAUACUGAUCUUACGUUUAAGAAUCUUUCAUUGAAUUCACCUGUUUCUGAGAAUACGUUAUAGUACGAUAAAACAGAAUUGAUUCUUGAAACCUUUUCUUUUACAAUUUACAGCACGUAUAUGUGCAAUGUUAUUUUAAAAAAAAAUUAAUUACACGUACAAAUUAGAUAUGAAUUGGAACUGACUAGAUGUUACACCCCUCAAAAGCAGGUGUGAGUCAAAUAAAUUCCCCAAACAAGAUAGAAUUGAAUUAAGAUUUAUAUCGAAGUAUAGUGUAAACACAGAAAUAUUUUAUCAUUCUGCUCCAUACAUUCUUUCGAUUACACAUUAUAUUCAUGUAAAACAAAAUUCGUUCAACGAAUAUUCGUGUAAAUAUGAAUGUAAAUACGCUCCUACAAAUGUCAAUUCUCUUAUAGUUUGUGAUCAAAUUUUGAAAAUCGUAUCGAUGCUUGCACGAAUCAGAUUUGUACUAUUGACAAAGCAAAAAAAAAGGAGAGAAAAUAUCAUUAUAAUCAAUUGUGAUUUUAAAAUCAGCUGUUUGAGACAAUAAGGGAAAAUAUAUUAGAAUCGCGCGUUUUAGUAAUUUCGAUACAGUAAAAUUAAUUUGAAACUUCAACGAAGUUAAUUACAAUACAAAAACCUCACAAAUUAACUGCUCUAUAAGACUGAAUACAGUUAUAUAAUAACUGUAAUUUUGUAUUAUUACACAAGUGUAGCGAAAUAAGUUAAUUUAGGUAUACAAUAUUGUCGUUAUAUUAACAUGUUAUAUUAACAAGCAAUAACGUAUGAUGUGCUUAGUUCUGAGAAAUAAGAUUUUAAUUUUUUUUAUUAUAAAGAUGGAGGAAACUCCGCCGGGUUGGAAUUAAAUCGAUACGCUUUUAUUUUACCUGCAGUUAUUUUUUACUUAUGAUGUAACAAUUAUUUCUUAAGGUAUGUAUUUUAGUUAUUUGUAUGAUCAGAUGUAACAAACUACAAGCGUUUAUACACACUUGCAUAAUUGAAAUAACAUUACAGUUACUUGCAAAUAUUAAGUAAAAAUUAUAAGAUAUUAGUGAUAAUAAUAAUUUGAAGUAUGCAUACA